ACUCCAACAUGGCUGUGCAUGUCGCGUCCUCCCACAUUCUCUUCCUCUUACAUUACUUUUCGACGCGUCUUUCAUUUGCCUUAUAGCCCUGUUCGCUCAUGACAACUUCUCGAAAAACUCCCGCUUUGUCCGACCUUUGCCGAACUCUGGGCUGCUUACGGCUAAAGCUCGACCUACUCGAUCCGACCUGGCUUCCAUAUCUCUCGCUGCUAGUUGAUUGAAGCUUCCCUGGGGCUCAGAUUGCUGACGCGAAUGGCGAAUAACUCGCUUCAAUUCCUUGCUUAAACUUUAGGGAAAGGAUGUCGUUGGGGAAUGGCAUCACGAAGGCUGCAGGAUGGCUUGCCAACGAGCUCGGGCUCAGGACUAUGGGAUCUGCCGGAAAGGAUGUCUACAUCAUCAUCCUCGCUCGCUACUUGCGGCUUUUUGCGUACGGAGCCGUCGCUCUAAUUAUUGCCCUUUACUUUGAAGCGCUGGGCUUCUCGGACUCGCAGAUUGGCCUCUUCAUGACCCUGACGCUCCUUGGGGAUGUCAUCAUCAGCUUGCUUCUUACCCUCAUCGCCGACUCCCUCGGACGAAGGAGGACGCUUUUGCUCGGCGCGAUUGCCAUGGCUAUCUCUGGUGCUGUUUUCGCCCUCACGAGCAAUUACCUCGCAUUGCUUCUGGCGGCAAUCAUUGGCGUUAUUAGUCCAACAGGCAAUGAGAUCGGGCCCUUCAGAGCCAUCGAAGAAUCGACACUGGCCCAUCUAGUACAGGAGUCACAGCGACCCGAUGUGUUUACCUGGUAUGUGGUCCUGGCUGUGCUGGGAACGUCUACCGGAUUGAUCGUCGGAGGACAAGCUGUGGACCGAUUGCAGGCUCUGGAAGGGUGGACCGAGUUGGAUGCCUACCGUAUGAUCUUCUGGAUAUACACUGGCGUCGGAGCUGCAAAAGCAAUCAUGACUCUUCUGCUAAGUAAACAUUGCGAGCAUAGCCACAAGGAAGAGCAGUAUGACCAAUACCACGAGGACGCAAACGAGGCGGAACCCCUUCUGGAUGGUCAGGACGGCACUGGUCCUCCCGAGCAAGUCACUUUACCGAGGCCGAAGACCCCGAAACGAUGGGCUCCGAUUAGCACGAUAUCCAAGCCCACGCGCUGGAUUCUCUUCAAGCUCUGUGGCCUGUUCUUUCUGGAUUCCUUAGGCAGUGGGAUGGCGCCCUUCUCCUUGAUCAACUUCUACAUGGAACGAAAGUUUCGGCUUGACAAAAGCAAGCUCGGUGGUAUUAUGUCAGCGACAUGGUUUAUCUCAACCAUAGGGAACAUCUUCGCCUCUUCCCUCGCUAAGCGCAUCGGGCUCAUUCAGGCGAUGGUAGCCACACAUCUACCCAGCUCCAUCUUUCUAGCACUCCUACCCGCUCCACCGGGUCUGCCGUUGACCAUUUGCCUGCUAAUCGCCCGUGCGAUCCUUAAUAGCAUGGAUCAGGCUCCGCGGUCGGCGUUCCUAUCAGUUGUCGUUCUCCCCCAAGAGCGGACCGCGGUAAUGGGCGUCGUUAACAUCCUCAAAACGCUUUCUCAGAGCGCCGGGCCAUGGGCCACGGGGCUGUUGGCUGACCACGAGCAUUUCUGGAUGGCUUUCGUCGUAGCUGGCUCGAUGAAGGGUGCCUACGACCUCCUGCUUCUGGCCUUUUUCGCUGGUCGCAUACGUCAACGGAACGAUGCAGCAGCAGAGUCAGCCGCUCAUCAUGACGACCUCCCGGAUAAUGUCGACGCAGAGACGGAAACGGAAGGCCUCACCGAAGCCGAGGCGGAUCCUGUAUCGUUCGCGAUGGCACCUGCAAUUCUGGCUAGGCGACCGAGAAUUCUGUAUUUGGACGCCUACGACUCCUUCUCGAACAAUAUCAUCGCCUUGGUCGAACACUGCAUCGAUGCUGAUGUUGUCAAAUGCCACAUCGAUGAUGGUCCCGUUUUCCUGGGCUACGAGCGAUUACUGCGCUUCGUGGAAUACCUCAAGGAGUUCGAUGCUGUCAUCGCGGGACCCGGACCUGGCUGGGCGAAAUGUGACAAGGACGUCGGACUCAUGAAAGAGCUUUGGACACUCCAAGACACGCAUAUGCUCCCUGUUUUGGGCAUAUGCCUCGGCUUCCAAUCCAUGUGUCUAGCAUUUGGCGCAGACAUCGAAAGGCUCGUCGAACCUAGACAUGGCCUCGUCUCGGAAAUUUUGCAUCGAGGGCGAUCAAUUUUUGCCGGAGUCGAAGAAAUGCUCGCUACGCAGUAUCAUUCGCUGCAGGUCAUGAUUGGCCAUUCCAUUCAGACGAAGAAAGCUGUCAGGUAUCCAGCGGAGCUCUGGGAAGCUACCAAAACAUGUCCCCAGCUAGAACCGCUAGCAUGGGAUUUCGACUGCAGGCGCAACGGUGCCGUCCUUAUGGCCGCAAAGCAUUCAGACAAGCCAUUCUGGGGCGUUCAAUUUCAUCCGGAGUCCAUCUGUACGAACAGCGAAGGCACGCACAUCAUCCAGAACUGGUGGCAUGACGUCCAACUCUGGGCUCAUAAACGCGGGUCCAGUCAUGUACUGGGGAAGAACUCUCUGUCAUCAUCUUCCGACGGCUCGAUAGCUAUCGAAGCUCUUCGUUACCCCCUCGACUCGAGCGAGCUGAAGCGAGAAAGUCGAGAACGGCGGUCACUAGCUGAGAUGGCUCAGGAUAUACCGCCCAUUUCGAGAUUGCUCAAGAGCGCUAAGUUCAAGGGUGACCAACUCCUCCACGUAGAAGAAUUAGCCUCCCUUAUUGCGUAUGGAGACCAGAAGUCGCUGCCGAAUCUGCCGCCUACCAUGGUCCAUUGCGGCACAACAGGGAGUGGCAGGCUGACUGUGGCCGAUAUCGUUGAAGUACUGGAUAUACCUCGGUACGAAGCCAUAAUUCUGGAGUCAGGACUACAGCGAAAUUUGCUCCCCAUGGCGGUAGGGACGGGUCGAUAUAGCAUUAUCGGUCUGGUCAUCCCAGGAGAGACCUUGCGGCUGCAUUACUACACCGGAAGCCGGCUGAUGCAGUUAAGGAAUGGUAUGGAUGAAGUGCAUAGCGAGUGGCGUGUCUCGGACCCUUGGAAGUACAUUCGUGGGGUCAUGGUGUACCUGCAGCGAAUGAUGCGGCGACCGCCGACCACACCCACCUGGGCACCGUUCUGGGGAGGCUUGAUGGGCUAUGCCUCGUACGAGGCUGGCUUAGAGACGAUUGAUGUGCAAUCGGGACAAGAUGCGGCGUAUCCAGAUGUCUGCUUCGCCUAUGUUACGCGCACUAUUGUAAUCGACCACCAGCUCAAGAAGAUAUAUGCACAGAGCAUUCGCGGUCCGGAUGACGAACACUGGGUGAACAGAGCGCUGGACAAGAUCUACGAAGCUGCCGGUAGAAAGAGCCUGGAGUCAACCCCGAAUUCGACACCCAUGCCUAAGCUCAACAACCCUUUCGAGCAAGACGCGACAUUCAAUAACUACCUCGCCUCCUGCAAACAAUAUGUCGCCGACCAAGAGGAAUACUGCGCCUCAGUCGCAUCCUGCCAGGCCCACAUCGCAGACGGCCAAAGCUACGAGAUCUGUCUGACCACUACAAACGAGAUUCGCGCACGUAGGCCCCGGAUCUGCCGACUGUCUAAAUUUGACAACAAUGAGCUUUCGUGGAAGCUCUACAAAGGCCUCGCUUCACAGAAUCCGGCUCCCUUUAGCGCCUACAUGCGCCUCCACAACAUACACAUCGUCAGCUCGUCGCCCGAAAGGUACAUCAGCUGGGACCGCAUGCAGACCGCACAAUGCCGCCCUAUCAAAGGCACCGUAGCUAAGAAACCCGGCAUUACCGCUGCGGACGCACAUGCCAUACUCUCCUCGCCUAAAGAACGGGCGGAGAACCUGAUGAUCGUCGACCUAGUUCGGCAUCAACUGCACGGCGUAUACGGCUCCGGAAAUGUGAACGUGCGACAACUCAUGGAAGUCGAAGAGUACGAGACGCUAUGGCAGCUCGUCUCCGUCGUCGAUGCGGUACCUCGCGAUGCACGUAAACCACGGACGCCUGAUGAAUGGGAGGAGCCGCCCAAUUACGUCUCCGCGUCGAAGUCGCCCCUGCCGUCGGAGGUUGCCUAUCUCGGAUUCGACGCAUUCGUCGAGUCCCUCCCGCCAGGCAGCAUGACCGGCGCACCCAAGAAACGCAGCUGCGAGCUUCUCCAGCGCGAGGAACCGAACCGCCGGCGUGGAAUAUACUCCGGCGUACUGGGCUAUCUGGAUGUCGGCGGCGGCGGCGACUUCUCCGUCGUCAUCCGCACAGCUGUCAAGAUUGACGAACCCUCUUCUUCAGCCUCAUCAAACACCACUUCCCAAGAAGACGUCUGGCAGAUCGGCGCCGGCGGCGCAAUCACCUCGCAAAGCGUACCGGACGCCGAGUACGAAGAGAUGCUGGGCAAGUUCCAGAGCACAGCGAGAGCGUUCACGGCCGAUGAUGGGAUACCAUAG